CCACUCCUUCUAAAAAGUACACAAAAGGAUGGAUAAGAGGCACAAUCACAUUAUUCGUCCGUCUGAAAACCAACAGGAUAAAGACUGUUUACCGUUCCAACAAUGCAUGCCCUGAGGUUCGUCCAUGUGUUGCUGCUGUCGGUAGCUGUUCAGUCUAAAGGGUUAAUGUUCCAGCCUCUGGACUGUGCUGACAUCUACAACGACGGAGCCAAGACCAGUGGUGUCUACAGGAUCUACCCUGCUGGACCCAACUCUCCUCGAUACGUCUACUGUGAUAUGGACACCGACGGAGGGAAAUGGACUGUGUUUCAGAGGAGGAUGGAUGGAACAGUGAACUUCUACAGAGGAUGGGACCAGUACAAGAAUGGCUUUGGACAUGCAGCAGGAGAGUACUGGCUGGGUCUGGACACCAUCUACCUCCUGACCCUGAAAAAGACCUACGAGUUGAGGGUGGACAUGGAGGACUUUGACGGACAGAAAGCCUACGCUUUCUACUCCUCCUUCGCCAUCUCUCCCGAAGUCACAGAUCCUGAACUGGACGGCUACAAACUACAGGUUACUGGCUUUAAAGACGGAGGAGCAGGGGACUCUCUCACCUAUCACAGCGGUAUGAAGUUCUCCACCUUCGACCGAGACCAGGACCCCCAUGAGACCAACUGUGCAGUCGGCGCAGUCGGAGGUUAUUGGUUCAACGAGUGUUACUUGUCAAACCCCAACGGUCUUUAUACAUGGGGAUUGAACUCACAGAUGGGAGUCAACUGGAGGGGAUGGAAGACCUUCUACUCUGUGAAAGCCAUAUCCAUGAAGAUUAGGCCUGUGAACCUGUGAAGGGUCCUUCACAAAGUUCCUGUAGUUAAACAUGGUUAUUUAAACUGCAGAUUGCCCCUUUAAAAAUGCUAGAUUAGAAGGUAUUUGCAUGUUUUAGACAGUGUAACUUUGAUCUCAGUCAGUUGUGUCCGAUAAAACCAAAGAGUAACUGUCCCAGUGGAAAUGACUCCUUUUCAAAGCUCAUAUUCUGUUCAACCCAAAUCCUGUUAUUGUUAAUAAACCCAAAUCGUGUUAUUGUUAAUAAACCCAAAUCGUGUUAUUGUUAAUAAACCCAAAUCAUGUUAUUAAUAAACCCAAAUCCUGUUGUUAAUAAACCCAAAUCGUGUUAUUGUUAAUAAACCCAAAUCGUGUUAUUGUUAAUAAACCCAAAUCGUGUUAUUGUUAAUAAACCCAAAUCAUGUUAUUAAUAAACCCAAAUCAUGUUAUUAAUAAACCCAAAUCAUGUUAUUAAUAAACCCAAAUCCUUGGUUACACCCAA